CUAUGGAGAGAAGACACCUGCUAAUUCAGUUAGCAUUAGCGCUAGCAUUACUGAACUGUUUCGUCCAUCUUGUUUAGCUGCUAGCUUAGCUAACGUUACCUACGGUUAACGUGCAGCAGAGAUGGAUGACGGCGAUGAGCCGGGUUUAGUCCUCUCUCACAGCACUUCUUCAGGCUCUAAGUCGGGCGGGGACAAGAUGUUUUCCCUAAAGAAGUGGAAUGCUGUAGCAAUGUGGAGCUGGGACGUUGAAUGUGAUACUUGUGCCAUUUGUCGGGUACAAGUGAUGGACGCUUGUCUCCGAUGUCAGGCGGAAAACAAACAAGAGGACUGUGUCGUUGUAUGGGGAGAGUGCAACCACUCCUUCCACAACUGCUGCAUGUCCCUUUGGGUGAAGCAGAACAAUCGCUGUCCCCUCUGCCAGCAGGACUGGGUGGUUCAGAGAAUCGGCAAAUAAGUUCCACAUCCAGACGAUCGACUCUCAGGCUCCACCUGUGUGCACCCGAAAGUGGUGACAGCAGACUUGACAGUGAUCACUGCAUCUUCCUAUGCAGAGCCACUGACAUUGAUAACUGCCCUCCUAAUUAUGAUUGCAUGUUCCAGUUGUACUGUCAGAGGAGGACAGCGGAAAAAAUUUAAGCACCGCAGGCAUAUUAGUCGUCAGUUGGGAGAUGCUGCUGGAGGGAUCAAGGAGUUAUGAUGAGAUGAACUGAACUUGCUGCAGUGUUUGGUCAUAUGUUAGCUAUAUGUUUUUGUUUGUGGUGGUGUUUGGCACAUCAUAAUAUAUGUGACUGUCUUUUUAAAAAUAAAAAAAUGUGUAUAGCUGUAAA